GGACUGGCCCGUAAGCCGUAAACCCGUUUCGGACCUCCCCCAAACACAGAACUGGCCUAUAAAACGAUCGAGCUAAUUGCGAAACAACAUCAGUCACUGACAAACCAACAAACCCAAACAUAUCAACAUGAAGUUCCUCAUUUGCCUGGCUCUCUGCUCUAUCGCCUGCGCACAGGCUGGCUUCCUGGCUUCGCCGGUCACCACAUACGCUGCUGUUCCAUCGUAUGCUGCUGCCACAUAUGCUGCUGUUCCAUCUUAUGCUGCUGUUUCAUCGUAUGCUGCUGUUCCAUCGUAUGCUGCCACAUAUUCGGCUGCUCGUGUGCGAUAUACGGCUCCUGUGACCACAUAUGCUGCAGCUGCUGUUCCUGCUUACACAUCCUAUACCGCAGCUGCUCCUGCCUAUACCGCCUACGCAGCUCCAGCCAUUGUUAGCCCAAUCCUGAAGAAGAAGUAAACACGCACGCUUCUUUUGCAUACCUUUUGAUCCAUUCAAACCCUAUGAAAACUUAAUAAAUAUUCAAUAUGAAGCGUA